GGAGGAGGAGGAAGAGAGAGAGAGAGAGAGAGAGAGAGAGAGAGAGAGCGGGGCUGCAGCUCACAGUGAGGGAGUGUCGGAGUGUCGACGUGGGAGCAUUUCACUCCUUCACACCGCUGCUGCUGCUGCUGCUCUCUCUCUCUCUGUCUCUCUCUCUCUGUCUCUCUCUCUGUCUCUCUCUCUCUCUCUCUCUCUCUCUCCUUUCCCUCCAUGCUGGAAGCGUCUCCUCUUGUUUCUGCCUCCCCGGACAUCGAUCACCCCGCUGCGGAUGUACAGUCCGGUCCUCACAGCCCGGCUCAAAGAUGGAUCCACUACUGCAUCUCAUUUGGCUUUACACCCUGAGCGUCUUCAGCGCCGCGUCCGCCGCCACUCACUAUAACUGCAACAGUCCGCUGGUGUCCAUGUUACCACAGUCAUCCUUCCAGAGCUCCUCGGAGUCCUCCUUCAGUUACGCCGCUCACAACGCCAAACUCAACAGAAGAGACGGAGCGGGAGGCUGGUCUCCCAUGGUGACGGACCGGGAGCCGUGGCUCCAGGUGGACCUCAGGGACCGGAUGGAGGUGACGGCCGUGGCCACGCAGGGGCGCUACGAUAGCUCGGACUGGGUGAGCAGUUAUCUGCUGCUCUACAGUGACACGGGUCAGGCCUGGAAACAGUACAGACAGGAAGACGGUGUCGGGAGGUUUGUUGGGAACGUGAAUUCGGAGGCCGUCGUCCAGAACAAGCUCUCCCACUCGGUGAGGACUCGUUUCCUGCGUUUCGUCCCUCUGGACUGGAACCCCAGCGGCUGGCUCAGCCUCAGAGUGGAGGUGUACGGCUGCUCCUACAAAUCAGACGUGGCUGACUUUGACGGCAGAAGCUCUCUGCUGUACCGGUUCAAUCAGAAGUCCAUGUCGACGGUGAAGGACGUGAUCUCUCUGCGGUUCAAGAGCCGGCAGGCCGAGGGGGUGUUACUGCACGGGGAGGGACAGAGGGGAGAUUACAUCACUCUGGAGCUUCACCGAGGAAAACUGGCCCUCUACCUCAACCUGGACGACACGAGGCUGAGGUUCAGCAGCGGGCGCGUCGCCGUCACGGUCGGCAGUCUGCUGGACGAUCAGCACUGGCACUCUGUCGUCAUCGAGCGCUUCAACAAGCAAGUGAACCUCACGGUGGACUCCCACACGCAGCACUUCCAAACCAAAGGGGAGGGAGACUCACUGGAGGUGGACUAUGAGCUGAGCUUCGGAGGCAUCCCGCUGCCCGGCAAACCGGGCACCUUCCUCAGGAAGAAUUUUCACGGCUGCAUCGAAAACCUUUAUUACAACGGCAUCAACAUCAUCGACCUCGCCAAGAGACGCAAGCCGCAGAUUUACAGCGUGGGAAACGUGACCUUCUCGUGCUCGCAGCCCCAGCUGACGGCCUGCACCUUCCUGAGCUCCAGCAGCAGCUUCCUGUCGCUGCCGGCGGCCGCGCCGUCCUCCAUCAUGGGGGGUUUCUCCGUUCGAUUCCAGUUCAGGACGUGGAACCCAGACGGGCUGCUGCUCUCCGCUCGGCUGAGCCCGGAGCCCCGGAGACUGCAGCUGCAGAUCAGCAACAGCCGGCUGCUCCUGACCCUCCACAGCUCAGCACAGCAGAGAUCAGAGGCCACGGCGGGUCACAGAGUUAAUGACGGACUGUGGCACUCUGUGAGUCUGGACACCAGAAGUCUGCAGAUCAGUCUGACUCUGGACAACGAGCCGGCUUCCACCAUCGAACAGUGGGAACAACUGGAACCCAGAGGCAGCUUCUACUUCGGAGGCUGUCCUCCAGCAGGCUGUCAGAACCCGACUCUGUCCUUCCAGGGUUGCAUGCGGCUCAUAUCCAUCAACAGCCAGCCAAUCAACCUCAGUCACAUCCAGCAGGGACUGCUUGGAAAUUAUAACGAGCUUCAGUUUGACACCUGCAGCAUCAGAGAUAGGUGUAUUCCUAACCUGUGUGAACAUGGAGGUCGCUGUCUGCAGUCCUGGAGCUCCUUCUCCUGCGACUGUUCAGGGACCGGCUACUCCGGAGCGACGUGUCACAACUCCAUCUACGAGUCGUCCUGUGAGGCCUACCAGCUGACUGGCAGCUCCUCCGGCUUCUACUCCAUCGAUCCGGACGGGAGCGGCCCCCUGGGGCCCACGCAGGUCUACUGCAACAUGACAGAGGAGAAGGUGUGGACGAUUGUGAGCCACAACGUCACAGCUCCGGUCAGAGUUCAGGGAUCGUCUCUGCAGAAACCUCACGUCAUGAAGUUCAACUACAGCGCCUCGGCUCAGCAACUGCGGGCCAUCGUCGUGGCGUCAGAGCAGUGCCAGCAGGAAGUGGUUUACACCUGCAGGAAGUCCCGCCUCUUCAAUACCAAAGAUGGCCGUCCGUUGUCCUGGUGGGUGGACCAGGGAGGAGAGAGACGGAGCUACUGGGGAGGCUUCCUGCCUGGAGUCCAGCAGUGCUCCUGCAGCCUGGAGGAGAACUGCGUCGACAUGAAUUACUUCUGCAACUGCGAUGCCGACACAGAUGCAUGGGCUAAUGACACAGGAGUCCUCUCCUAUAAAGACCACCUGCCGCUGAGCCACAUCGCAAUCGGAGACACUAACAGAACGGGCUCCGAGGCCGUCUACGGAGUCGGCCCACUGCGUUGUUAUGGAGACAAGUCCAUCUGGAACGCAGCGUCCUUCUACCAGGAGUCCUCCUACCUCCACUUCCCCACCCUGCAGGCGGAGCUCGCCACGGACAUCUCCUUCUACUUCAAGACCAACGCUCCUUCAGGGGUCUUCCUGGAGAACCGGGGCCAUAAAGACUUCAUCCGAGUGGAGCUGAGCUCUCCCUCGGUGGUGACUUUCUCCUUUGACGUUGGAAACGGUCCGGCGGUCCUGGCCGUGAAGUCUCACCUCCCUCUGAACGACCGGCAGUGGCACUAUGUGAGGGCGGAGCGUAACGUGAAGGAGGCGUCGCUGCAGGUCGACCAGCUUCCUGUUCGCUUCCUGGAGGCUCCGCCUGACGGACACCACCGCUUACGUCUCAACAGCCAACUGUUUGUAGGGGGAACAGCGUCCCAGCAGAGAGGCUUCCUGGGCUGCAUCAGAACUCUGACCGCCAACGGUGUGACCCUUGACCUGGAGGAGAGGGCCAAGAUGGCGCCGGGCGUAAGCUCCGGUUGCCCCGGUUACUGCGGCGGCUCCAGCAGCCUCUGUCACAACAGAGGACGCUGCAUCGAGAAAAGCAGCGGCUACGCCUGCGACUGCUCACAGUCCGCCUACGGAGGACCCACCUGUAAAGACGAAGUGUCGGUGUCCUUCGACAGAGAGUCCUCGGUCACCUUUACGUUCCAGGAGCCUUUUUCGGUGAUGCAGAACAGAAGCUCGCAGGCGUCCAGCGUCUCCAGAGAAAGCAGCAGCAGCAGAGCCAGAGAGGACGUGGCCUUCAGCUUCGUCACCUCGCAGAGCCCGGCCAUGCUGCUGACCGUCAGCACCUUCAGCCAGCAGUACAUCGCUGUCAUCCUGGCUCGCAACGGGAGUCUGCAGAUUUGGUAUCACCUGCAGAGGGACAGGAGCCCUGACGUCUUCAGUCCCGCCCUCAGCAGCUUGGCGGACGGACGACUCCACCGAAUCAGAAUCCACCGGGAGGGCAAACACCUCUACGUACAGAUCGACCAGGACAUGGACAGAAAGUACACCCUGUCAUCUGAUGCAGAGCUGAUCUUAAUCAGGUCCUUGACAUUGGGCAAAGUCACCAGUGGAAACCUCCCAGAGGAGGUGGUCGGAGCAGGUUCGAAGGGUUUCAUCGGCUGCCUCUCCUCAGUCCAGUUUAAUCAUGUGGCUCCUUUGAAAGCAGCUCUGCUGAAUCGUGGAAGCUCACUGGUCACGGUCCGGGGUCCUCUGGUCCAAUCAAACUGUGGAGCGCUGGCAGACUCCAUCACAUCCCACAACCUGCAAGAUCAAUCUGCAACGACAAAUAAAGAAAAAGAGCAGCGCGGCGGUGAAACCCAGAACGACGUGGCUGUAAUAGCAGGUGUGGUGACGGCGGUGGUGUUCAUCAUGCUGUGUAUCGUCGCCGUGGUGACCCGUUUCCUGUACCAACGGCGGAGCCAGGCGAGUGACAGCAACGCCACGGAGAAGGAGCAACGACACAGUGUGGAGGCCGGAUACAGGACAGAGAUGCACCUCCACACCUCCGUCAGAGACAACAUGAAGGAGUACUACAUCUGAAUACACACAGUACUACAUCUGACAACAGGAAGGAGUGCUACAUCUGAGUACACGAAGAACUGCAUCUUCACGCCUACAUCUGACUACUCCAUGAAGUCAGAUGUAGGUGUGCUACAUCUCACUACACAAUGGAGUACUGACAACAUGAAUAACAACUAGGAGUACAGAGUACUACACCUGACUAAAUUAAGGAGUUCUACACUUGACAGCAACAAGUUCUGUGUCUGAAGGAGUCUCACUACCUGAAGUAGUACUACAUUCAACUACACAGAGUAAUAGAGGACUACAGGACUAAAUUAAAAUACAUGAAAGAGUACUACAUCUGACAUCAUGAAAGAGUACUACAUCUGACAUCUUGAAAGAGUACUACAUCUGACAUCAUGAAAGAGUACUACAUCUGACAUCAUGAAAGAGUACUACAUCUAACAUCAUGAAAGAGUACUACAUCUGACAGCAUGAAAGAGUACUACAUCUGACAGCAUGAAGGACAGUUGGAUCAGACUAAAGUAAGAAGUUUUGCAUCAUCUGACAUCCCAAAGGAGUACUACAUCUGACAUCCCAAAGGAGUACUACAUCCGACAUCCCAAAGGAGUACUACACCCGACAUCCCAAAGGAGUACUUCAUCUGACAUCCCAAAGGAGUACUACACCCGACAUCCCAAAGGAGUACUACAUCUGACUACAUGAAGGAGCACUACUUCUGACAUCUUGAAGGAGUACUACAUCUGACUACAUGAAGGAGUACCACAUCUUACUAAACUAGUUAGUAGUUCUACUGUGUCUGAAAGAGUCUGACCACAGGAAGGAGUACUACUCUGUCUACAUGUAGUACUACAUCCAACUACACAGAGUACAUCUGACAACAUGAAGGAUGAUUGGAUCAGAAUGAGUACUACAUGCAACUACACGAAGGGGUACUACAUCUCAAAGGAGUACUACAUCUGACUAAAUUAGGAAGUUCCAAUUUAGUUCUACGAUGUCUGAAGGAGUCUGAUUACAUGAAGGAGUACUACAUCUGUCUACAUGAAGGAGUACUACAUCUGUCUACAUGAAGGAGUACUACAUUAGACUUCAUAAAGGAGUACUACAUCUGUCUACAUGAAGGAGUACUACAUUAGACUUCAUAAGGGAGUACUACAUCUGUCUACAUGAAGGAGUACUACAUCUGUCUACAUGAGGGAGUACUACAGCUGUGUACUGCUCCCACAUGCGGGCUGACAGGUGGAUGCUUAGAACACAGAAGUGUGAACUGAACACCUGCACGUUGACCAGGUACACUGCGAGCACCUGUUGGCCUUCCUGUUGUGUGAACACUGAAGCAGAAACACAGAGGGAUGGAGUCUCUACAGGUGUGUUUGAUGGAGCCACUGUGGUUUUAAAGCCUCAGAAGAAGAAGAAGAAGACGAAGAAGAAGAAGAAGCACCUCCUGAAUGUGCACAACAUUUUGUUAGUAACUCUCCAAAUGCUGAAUAUUUCCACAUUUCUGUGGAAUACGCUCAAUGAUACUUGCAAGUCAAGAAACGUAGGCCAGGCCUGUAAGAUAUGCGCACAUUCGCUGCCGUCUUUGUUCUUUUAGUGUGGUGGUGCGUGUUGUGGUGUUAGCAGGGAAGGGGGACAGGGGGCCAAUACUGCCUACUGUACGAGUGCCUCAAGUUUUUAUUUCUACAUUUUGGAGCUUUUCUGGAGUAACUGGCAUCAAGGAAAUCUCAUUUCCAUCAGCAGGAGCUUGUUAUCUUUCAGUUCUGCAGCCCACAGUAGAUGAAAACUCAAAGCAGAUGGAAGAAAGUGGAUUUUUGAAUUGCCCAGUAGCUCAACCACAACAUCAGCCAUCUGAUAAUGAGGCAAUGUGCGAAAUGUUUCUUUCUCUAAGUUUAUGGCACCGUCCUGUUUGAAGUAGUACGAAAAUUAAUAAACCAAGAAAAUUCAUUAAAUCCAAUAUUACUAUAAAGGACCAGUGUGUGAGAUUUAGUGGCAUCUAGUGGUGAGGUGGCAAACUGCAACCAACUGAAUAUCCCCCCCACUAGAGCCAGUGUUUGGUUUGUCUGUUCAGGGAUACUGUAGAAACAUGGCGGUGCAACAUGGUUGGCUCCAGGGAAGAGGACCCGCCCCCUAUGUAAAGAUAAAGGGCUCAUUCUAAGGUAACAAAAACACAACAAUUCUUAU